UACCUUCCAGUCAUAAAUCCUCUACCGACUCCAAUAUUUUUGCCCUCAAUCUGUUUUCCCUCUUAAUUUUCAUUCCCACCUCCAUCAACACACCACCGUCGACCUUGCCUCCCUCAUCCUUCCUCCACCCUUCCUCCAACGCCGUUCCCCUCUCCGAUGUAGAAAAGAGACUCCUUUGCGGAGAACCGACAGAGAGAAGAUGCUUUUCUGCUUCAAACCUCAACCAGAAGACGGAGUUAGUCGAUGAGAUCGAAGAGGGAUAUAUCGAGAGGAGAAGAGUGGAAAGGGACAGCUUCCCGGUUGCUCUGUUCCGACCUGGAACAUAGUCUAACUCCCUCUGUACCCCUAAAUCCAGACAGCAGCAACCCGUUCUUAUGUGGCUAACUACCAUCCUCUUUUUAUUCUUCUCAGAGAAGUUAUGUGUGUGAAUUUAGGAUAUGUUAAUAGUUGCUUAUCGUUUUUUUAUAUUCCAACAGGGUGUCCUGCGCCUCAGCCGCCCGCCCCUCUUUUUCUGUAUAUCUGUCUCUUUUAUUAUCGGUCAACAUAUCGGCUAAUCAGCUGAUAAAACCAAUCUUCUCUUAGUGGAUGAUCAAUUUUUACUUUCUAUUUUUAUGCUUUUGGAGAAUUUUAUGUGGGUUUGAUGGUUUUUUAUGAUUUGAAUUGGCUUGAUGAGCUUUUCAGUGUUUAUUUUUGUUCUGUGAAGCAAGUUUUAUUAUUUAAGAUAUAAAAAACAAUUUAUUUUGGUUUGUUUUGGCUGUGAUUCACUUCUCUGUAUACCGUCACUUCCUGAUCCUCUUCACUGCUUCGAAAAAUAUGUUUACAAACAGGUAAUGGAAGUAUCAUGCGUUAGAGAAACCUCAUUAUUAAUCUAAUGAGAUCUUGUAGAGAUGGACAUCAACUUUAUAGUCACUGGUCAAGAAUUUAAGAAUUGGUGUCAUGAUGAGAACUAUUUGCUCAUCUCUUCUUUGAUCGAUAAAGGGGUUCAGUUUUUCUCAUCAACAUUAUCAAUGGUUCCAAGCAUACCCAUUAAGCCAAUGUUUGCAAACUAUUUCAAGGAACAACCUUUACUUGCGAAUUUAAGUAAAUCAGGGGAUUGCUAUUUACGGAAAUAAACGGAGCUCAGACCAGCAUGCAUAUAUACCACAACUGAGAGAGGGGUGUCUUGUGGUGACUAUCUGUUUGGAAUGAGAAUGAAUGUUACGGUUGGGGAUCAUUGAUAUGGAGUGUGAGCUGAUUGAUUCUGAUAAUCUAUCAAAUCAGAUAAGAACAAUAAAGUCAUUUAAUGUUGAUGAAGUUAUGGUUGAUACAUGUUGGGGAAUUGUAGAAGCCAACACUACUAAUUGAUUAUCUUAUAAUUUAUGUGUCUUUUUUGACCUGUGUCAUGCAUGUAGAUCCCCACCUCUUUUGAUUGUCUUUUGGUUCGGGAA